CAAUAUUUGACAAAUUCUCGUUUUCGUCUGUUCCUUUCGUAAGGUUUUUUCAAUUUUGCAUAGAAAAGUUGAAAAUUUGUGCAAUUUUGUAGCGUAUAAACGCUGAUCGCGAAGUUGUAAUGCAAUAAGCGAGUAAAUAAAUUAACAACGGGAACGGGGUAAUUUAAGUUCAUUGUGUGAAAACGUUGAAAAAGUUCUAUAAUACGUGGCGUUAAAUGAUGUGCUAAUUACUUUUUUCUUUCUUACUGCUUUUCUUGAUUUUCUUAAUUUUACACUGUGUGUACAAUUGAUUGUGUGACGAACUUUAUACACUGGUUGUUUGUUGGUUGUGUUGUGGUGGUGGUGCUGGCGGCGGUGGGAACGGUAUUUGUUCAAUUAAAAACUUGCCAUAUAGAAAGAAAAUUAAGGUUCAAGGAGUAGCUGUAAAACUGGGAAAGGUUAAUACAUCCUCAGCUGAUAUAAUGUCGGACAUGCUUAAUAAACCGACCCCUGAACGGAGUGUCGCAGGAAGUAAAGAUCCGGAAAUGAAAGGUUGGCUAAUGAAAUGGACCAACUACAUUAAGGGUUAUCAACGACGUUGGUUUGUCCUAUCAAGAGGUGUACUGAGUUAUUAUCGCAGCCAAGCUGAAAUGAAUCACACAUGUCGCGGUACUAUAUCGCUUCACGGUGCUCUUAUACACACAGUGGAUUCGUGCACUUUUGUUAUCUCAAACGGUGGUACACAAACAUUUCAUAUAAAAGCUGCCAAUGAGGUAGAACGACAAUCUUGGGUUACAGCUUUGGAGUUAGCCAAGGCAAAAGCCAUACGUACCAUGGAAACGGAGGAGGAGGAGGAAGUUGAGACGUCACAUGUUGUACCCAGUCAAGAAAUCAACACAGUAAUGGCGGAGCUAACAGGUCGUCUGGAGAGCUUGCGCACCUGUUACGAUUUAAUCACUAAACAUGGUGUUGCUUUACAGAGAGCACUAAGUGAGUUAGAAUCGAAUGACGAAGAGUCACUUGCCAGUCGCACAAAGAUUGUUAAUGAGCGAGCUACGCUUUUUCGUAUAACAUGCAAUGCAAUGAUAAAUGCAUGUAACGAUUACCUACGCAGUGCUGAGUCGCAAGGCCAUAAGUGGUCGAAAAUGGUUGAGCACGAACGAGAACAACGACAACGGCUGGAAGAAAUGGUUGAGAUGUUAGCCAAACAGCAAACUCGCCUCGAACAAGCCGCACACACCGCCGCGCAACACAGUAAACCGCUAGCAAUAGCCAAUGAAAGUGCUAACUCACCAAAUGCAGUUACAUCUGACGACGAAAACGAAUUUUUUGACGCAGAAGAGAACAACGGCGUAUUCGGAGAAAAUUCACCGACUGAAUCUGGUGGAUUUGUAAUGACAUUGCCUUCAAAUAGUGGUAAUCAUAAAAAUGAGGAUGUGAAAGAUGGAUCAUUUGUUAUGAAACUACAAAAGACGCGCUCUAACUCAGAGGAACAAACACACCAUAGCAGCUCUUCCGAAAAUGAAGAACUUAAACCAACAGAAUCCGAGCCUCAGCAAGUGGUUGUUAUAAGCAAAACAAAUAGCACCACCAUACCUGAACAAAGUAAUUCAAAACGCAAUAAUGGAAAUCAACAAAAUCAACAAAAGGUCGCACAACUAUCCAAAACAAAUCGGCAACGACGUACACGCGUUCCAGAAAAACCAAAUUAUCCACUUAACCUAUGGUCUGUAAUGAAAAAUUGCAUCGGCAAAGAGCUCUCGAAAAUUCCUAUGCCAGUAAAUUUCAAUGAGCCUCUGUCAAUGCUGCAACGACUUACGGAAGAUUAUGAAUAUGCAAAUUUGUUAGAUGCAGCUGCACGUUGUACAGAUGAGUGUGAACAGUUAGCUUAUGUGGCGGCAUUCACCAUUACUAGCUAUGCAACAACAGCAAAUCGAACUGGCAAACCUUUCAAUCCACUUUUAGGUGAGACUUAUGAAUGUGAUCGCAUGGAUGACCUUGGAUGGCGUGCCCUGGCUGAACAGGUGUCACAUCAUCCACCAAUGGCGGCUUUACAUUGUGAGGGACGCGAAUGGACCUGCUGGCAGGAAUUCACCAUGACAAGCAAAUUUCGCGGAAAAUAUUUACAGGUCAUUCCGCUUGGAAACGCAUACGUAAAUUUUCCCGCAACUGGACAUAAAUACACAUGGCGUAAGGUAACGACGACUAUUAAUAAUAUUAUCGUUGGAAAAUUGUGGGUCGAUCAACAUGGCGACAUGGAAAUCAGAGGACUCAAUACAGCAUCAGGUCUUACAUGUCAUCUCAAGUACAUUGCAUAUUCAUACUUUUCACGCGAGCAACAGCGUCGCGUAAAGGGUGUGAUUAUGGAUCGAAAUAAGGAUGUGAAAUGGGUGUUGCGUGGCACUUGGGACUCGUCUAUCGAGAUUGCGCCAGUGCUUUCAACUUCCGGUUCAGCUGAUAGUCCAGUCUACCAAACCAAUGGUUACAAAACGGUGUGGACACGUCGACCACCGGCACCAGAUAGUGAUAAAUUCUAUAACUUCACCACGUUGGCAGCCCAAUUGAAUGAACCCGAAGAGGGGGUGGCACCUACCGACUCACGCCUACGUCCCGAUCAGCGCUUGAUGGAAGACGGCAAAUGGGAUGAGAGUAAUCGUGAGAAACUGCGACUGGAGGAGAAGCAGCGCAGAAAGCGGCGGGAACGCGAAUCAGAAGCAGAAGCUUCUGCAAACGAAGGUCGUCCAUAUCAGCCAUAUGAACCGUUAUGGUUUAGACGUGAAAAAGAGGAGGGCAGCGAUAAUUUGGUUCAUGUUUUCAAUGAAACCUAUUGGCAGCACAAGCAAGAUCAAGACUGGUCGAAAUGUCCUGACAUAUUCUAAAUGUAAUAAAACAAUUUUUACCAAAAGCUAAACAGUGAAACCCACUAAUAUAAUAUAAUAUUUGAAAAUUUACAAAUUUAAUUGCGAAAGUUAAAUUAUAUAAUAUUAAACUAAAAGUACAGCAAAUCCUAACAAAAAUAUAUCCACAUACAUAAAUACUUAGUAAAAUAUAGAAAGACGAAAAUGCACUCAAACGAAUAAUUUUACAAUAAAUAAAAUGAAAACACACAAUAUCGCUGAAUGAAAUACUAAAUACACUAAAAACCAAUUAGAAAAAGUGAAAGUAAUGUCGUUUUACGUAAAACAAUCAUUAAAAAAAAGUUAAGAAAAUAUAAUGGAAAUUAAAACCAAAAACAAAGAAAUCAGCAUUUUUGUAUGAGUUAAUAUGAACGUGAAAGCGUUUGAAAAUAUUGGCAAAACGAACACAAAACUGCGUACAGAAUCUGAAUUAUUAUGCGCUUGUAUAUGUAUAUGCAUACAUAUAUACACGCAAUCGAAGGCAAAUAAUUAAAUAAUACCGUACAAUAAACAAUAGUAACGCUGUUUAUUAGUUUAAGUAAAUAUCUUCGAAUUGCUGCUGGUAUUUUGCAGUUUAUUGCCGUGAACAAAAUGCGAUAUAUCGACGGCCGGCCACCACAUACCGUCAUAAAUACGAGCCAGACCAACAUACAUACAUACAUACUUAUGUAUAUAGUAUGUAAAUAUAUAAGAAUAUACAGCAGAGAACCAACCUUUGCAUGUAAUAUUCGCUAUGCUAAACAACAACGUUACACACUCUACUCUACUUAACUUCCUACUCGUAUUAUAUUGCUUAGUUUGUAAUGUAAAUGUUUUCUUUCCUUUUUAUGUAAAUAAAUGCAAAUUGCAAGCUAAGAAAAAACACAUAUGUUACAUGUUAAAAUCGAAAACAAUUAUUAUUAUUAUUAUUAUUAUUAUUAUUACUAUUAAAAAUUAAAAUGUAGUAUUAUUGAAUUAAAACAAAAAAAAAAUAGAAAUUCAUGGUUAAAUAAACACACACACACACAAA